CACACAACCCCAGCCAAAAAUCCUAUACCCGACCGCCGCAAGGAGUGGCAUACUGCCGCCGUCCGUCACUCAAAGUUCGCCAUCCGUCCGUCUAUCUAGCUUCCCUCGUGCUCCAAGUCUUCAACACCUGUUCGCUGUCACCGAUCGCGGCUGCUUCCUCGAGCUCGGCGUUCGUCGUAUUUGUCUGCUCAGCCGCGCUUCCGUCGCUGUUUGUUUGCCGUUCACGUUCGCGUCUUCGUUCAGCCGUCGUCUUCGUUCGCGUCAUUCGCCGUUCACGUUCUAUCGGCGUUCACUGUUCGCGUUCACUCGCCGUUCACCAUUCGAGUUCGCAUUCGCGUUGCUCUGCUUCAAACUCUGCGACCAACCCGCGCGCUCCACCUAGCCGUCGAACUGCUCUCUUUUGUCGCCGCCACCGGCUGGACCAGUAAACCAGUGACUAAAACGGUUUGAUGACCAGUCCGGUUUUCAGAACCUUGGUUGCUUCCCAGUCGCAGAAUCAGAACAGGAGCCACUCUAGUUGCAGGGAGUUCAGACGCAGCAGCAGCUGGUCACUGCCACUGCAUCCCUCUCUCCUGAGUUCUUGCUCUGUUCUUUGACUCAGGUAAACACGUUGCACCUUCCUUGUUUCCAGAUCCUCCUCAAUGUCUUCUCCCUCCUCUCCUGAAAGCUAGUGAUGAUGCUGAGCCAUAUGAGCCUUUGGGUGGCAACAUGCUACCUUAAAGCAAAUCAUCAGGUACUUGAGACUCUGCCAGAACACCUACCGAUUAUCAUUGAAACAUGAAGAAGCUACACUAUUUGUCGUCAUUGACUUUGAUGCAAAUUCGUUAUCACAAUACACACAUUUACCAAUGCUUCAUAAGUGGCUUUCCAAUGCUGAGAAACCUUGCAAUUAGGCUGAAAUCCACGGCUAAUCUUCAGUUGGAAAUGAAACAAUGCAAUUCUUUCAUUUCAUGCCUUUGCAAGGAAGGGAAAAUCGACAAUGCACGCAAGGUAUUUGAUAAAAUUUCUGAAAGGGACAUUGGUUUGUGGACCACAAUGAUAAGUGGGUACAUCAAGUGUGGCAUGAUCAAGGAGGCUAGAAAGUUGUUUGACAGAGUGGAUGCAAAGAAGAAUGUUGUCAUUUGGACUGCUAUGGUUAGCGGUUACAUAAAGUCCAAUAUGAUCAAGGAAGCUGAGAGGCUGUUUCAUGAGAUGCCUGUGAGGAAUGUUGUGUCUUGGAAUACUAUGAUGGAUGGGUAUGCACAUAAUGGGCAGACACAAAUGGCUUUGGACUUGUUUAGGAGGAUGCCAGAGAGGAACGUGGUUUCCUGGAAUACAAUCAUAACAGCUUUGGCUCGAUGUGGGAGGAUUGAGGAAGCACAGAUGCUUUUUGAUCAGAUGGUGGAAAGAGAUGUUGUUUCAUGGACUACCAUGGUUGCAGGAUUGGCUAAGAAUGGGAGAAUUGAUGAUGCUCGGACACUCUUUGAUGUGAUGCCUGUUCGAAAUGUGGUUUCAUGGAAUGCAAUGGUCACAGGUUAUGCACAAAACGGAAGAUUGAAUGAGGCUUUAGAGUUGUUCGAAAGGAUGCCUGAGAGAGACAUGCCUUCAUGGAAUACGGUGAUCACUGGUUUAAUUCAGAAUGGGGAGUUGAAUAGGGCAGAAAAGUUGUUCCAUGAGAUGCCACAAAAGAAUGUGAUUACCUGGACUGCAAUGAUGACGGGCUAUGUGCAGAAUGGCCUAAGUGAAGAAGCACUGAAAAUGUUUAACAAAAUGCAAUCUCAUGAUUGGUUAAAACCCAACACUGGAACCUUUGUGACAGUGUUAGGUGCUUGCAUUGACUUAGCUGGUCUUGCUGAGGGGCAACAAAUUCAUCAAUUGAUAAGUAAAACUAUUUUUCAGGAAAACACAUACGUGGUAUCAGCACUGAUAAAUAUGUACUCAAAAUGUGGAGAGCUGCGUACUGCUAGGAAGAUGUUUGAUGGUGGGCUAUUAAGCCAAAGGGAUUUGAUAUCAUGGAAUGGUAUGAUUGCUGCUUAUGCACACCACGGAUGUGGCAAGGAAGCAAUUAACCUAUUUAAUGAAAUGCAAGAUCAAGGUUUCCAAGCUAACGAUGUCACCUUUGUUGGACUUCUCACUGCUUGCAGUCAUGCUGGUUUAGUUGAGGAGGGGCUUAAAUACUUUGACAAGCUUUUGAAAAACAGGUCUAUAGAAGUCAGGGAAGAACACUACGCAUGUUUAGUUGAUCUUUGUGGACGAGCAGGAAGGCUGAAAGAAGCUUUCGAUAUCAUUGAGAGACUUGGGGAAGAUUCAUCAAUUUCUGUAUGGGGAGCGCUCCUUGCUGGAUGCAAUGUACAUGGGAAUGAAAUUAUUGGGAAUCUUGUAGCUAAGAAAAUUUUGAAAAUUGAACCAGAGAACGCAGGCACUUAUUUAUCACUUUCCAAUAUGUAUGCUUCCGUAGGGAAAUGGAAAGAAGCUGCCAAUGUUAGGAUGAAAAUGAAGGACAAGGGGCUAAAGAAGCAGCCGGGUUGUAGUUGGAUUGGAGUUGGCAAUACAGUGCAAAUAUUUGUAGUUGGUGAUAAGUCCCAUUCUCAAUUUGAGCUACUUGGGGGUUUACUUCUUGAUCUACAUAACAAAAUGAGAAGGGCUGGAGAUAUGCCAGAUGAUGAUGUAUUAGUUGGUGUAGAGUUCUUAUAGCAUGAAUCUCUAUUACUUGAAGCUUUCUAUUGUGCAGUGAAGUGGAAAUAUGAGAAAUUUUACCUGGUCGUACACUUAUAUCUGAAAUUAGCUUCCUCCUUGAACAGGGACAUGUCAUGUAUACUGUUGCUUUGAUUACUUUCGUGGGAUUUGUCAUCUCAUGACCACCGUGGUUUUCUUCCUGUCAUCAGGUGCUAUUAGAAAACUGAAAAUGCUGCUGACUUCUUGAAUUCCCUUGAUUGAUGAAAUAAAUGUGCUUGUGGUGGUGUGUAUUUGAAUUUGGAGAUUUUUUGUUAUCAAAGUCAAAUCGAUUUUUGACUCUGCCUAUAAAGAAGUGAGACCCAUGGUUAUGCAAAAAUAUCAACUUAGGUUGUUAAGCGAGACCCAUAGGGGCACCUUUGUAUUAAUUUAUGUGGGAACACAUGAGAAAAGGGGUGUGUUUCUAUGAAGUGUGAUGUUUCUUUUAUUCUCCUUUGAGUCUUCCUUCCUCUUGGCAUCUUUCUCUACUUUUUUUCUCGUUUCUUUUCAUCCUGGGUAACUCAGAUACUAAACUGUACCUAUGUCAUUCUAAAUUCCGAUUCACUCUAAAUUAUAUGCACUGAGUAUCUCCAUUCUGCUAUGUGCUUUCUUCAUAUUGUUAAGCCGACAACUUCAGUUUUCUGCUCUAGUGGUGGCAAGAUUAAUGCUUAUAUUGUCAUGUAAUUUAACUCACCAUUUAGAAAUCACUGAAUAUGCUGAACUAGUUAGUGAUAACGAGAAUUACAUUUCUCCUACGAGAUUGGAAUCGGAACAUAGUGAUGAGAUUUUAGUCUGCUGGAUAUUUUGAAAUGGUUACAAAGUUUGUUCACUUGUCUCAGGAAAUGCAUGUUGGCUUGAUACAUCUAAGGGCAGGGCAAUCAGUUCUAAAAUUAAAUUGAUCUGGAGAACUUGCGAUGAGAUUUUCGUUGCAGUUUGGUUCAUCCAACAAAUAUGGUAUUACGUGGGAAAUUUAUUGCCAGAAGUCCAAAGAAAUCUCAGUUUUGUUAGCUUGGAGCUGAAAUGGGUGACUCCAGAGCAAAAUUUAGUAUCUCAAUACCUUGAGGACCAGUGAGGGAAAAAGGAUUUUACCAUCUGUUCCAUCAAUAAGUUUUUGAAUACUGUUAUGAAAGUCCCUCCCAAGCGCCAUAACAGUAUAACAGACUAAAGAGAUCACUCUAACUCAAGGAACAUUAAAAGAAAAGACCAAACACAAGAAACUAGGAUUGCCAUAAUAUCCUAUACAUAAUUAUCCAGUGGUCUAUUCUUAUCAACUUUAUGGUGGAGCUCUCCCCAUUCCCUUUCAUCCUGUUCAAAGGAGCAUGCCGUACUUUAAUCAUUAUCCUUCUACUGUCGGAAUUACAUUAUAUCCUCAAUUCUCCCACGUCUCGCCGUAUCUUGGUGGACCCAGCGAUAAGAAUAUGAGUUGGACUUUUGAUAUGUCAUCAAGAACAAAAAGUGAUAGAGUUAUCAACUAUAUUAAAUUUUAAAUUUUCUACAGUUUUUUUAUAGCCUAGGAUCUUGAAUCAUAGACUUUUCUGUUUUAACUAUGAUUAUUUAUCCUAUCAAAUACUUUAUUUU